AUGAACGUACUAUCGCUCGUAGCUUCUGGAGUCUCGUCGCUACUAGGCGCGACCUCUCCGAAUCGCCCGUCUUCCCCUCUCCACAAUCCGUCCCGCGCCGACAUCGUCACCGUCCGACUCAGCCUCCUCCACCUGCUACCCAUCGAGCUCGUCGACCAGAUUUUGCACGAGGCCGAAUACUACACCCGCUACUCGCGCCGGCUCGAUGAACAACUGCCGCGCACCGUCUCGGCGAGCAACCUUGCUCACUCGCGCGUCCUCGUUCGGACGCCGCCGAUACCUCGCCCAGAGUCCAUUGUGAAGGUCACCAUCGUCACGGAGAGCCACGAUCAAGGAUGGAGCAGCUUUCCCGAAGACAAGGGGACGCACAAUAACAGCUGGACCUGGAUCGACCUCCGCGUUUGCGACAGGGAGGCGGCCGACGUGCCCCUGGACCAGGUCGUCUUGGACCGUCACUGCUCGGGCGACCCAUUACGGUAUUAUGUCAACCUUCACGCGGAUAAGCGGUGGCAGAGGAAAGAAAUGACGUUGGAGCGCCAUCACGAAUUCAUUAAACAGCUGAAGUCGGGGGACAUGCUGAUGUUGUGUGCGGAAGCGAGAGCAUGGAAGGAGAUGCUCUCCGUAGCUGAUUCGUACCAGUUUUCAUCACGAUCUCUACAGUCACACCGGGCACGUCUGACUGCUAUUUACAUCGGUCCAGGUAUCGUGCCGACAAGAGCUUCGUUCAUUCCAGCCUGUCCUCCCGACUACAGUGCUCUGAUACGACUGGACUCGGGUGUGGAUCAUCGCCUCAAGCCGCUCCAGGCGAAUGGUAGUUCAUUGCAAGUUCUACUCACUAUGAGCAUCAACAAUAACCCCGCAACAUCAUCCUCUCCCCCGGCAACCAGCACAGACGUCCUCUCGCUCGCCCCGUCCACCAAGACCGCCGCCCCGGAUCGUAUGCGCGACCGCAUCAAGGCCAAGCUCGGCUUCGGCGGUUCACUGCGGAAGAAGCGCCUUAAGGACCUCGAAGCGGAGGUACUCGCCGGCCGGUCCGGUAACGCCGCGCUCCAGGAGCUCCUCCGAGAGCGCAUCGCGGAGAAGGAGGCAGCCGAACGUCGAGCGGAGGAAUUGGAGAGGGAGGUGGCUGCUGCGAACGCGAGGAACGCGGAGGCCGCGAGCGUGAGGGAGGCGGAGGCGAUCGCCGCUGCUGAGGCAAAGGCGAGGAUUGCCGAACGAAGGGCGGAGGAGCUGCAGAAGGAGGUGGACGAGGCCCGUUCACUGGCGGACGGGAGGGCCGUCGCUACAGAGCAACGGACGGCUGAGGUGGAGAACGCUGCGCGGAUCGCGGAAGAGAGGGCCAGCAGCGCGGAGGCCAGAGAGAAAGACGCUCGCCGGUUGGCUGAAGAACAUCAGAGGGCGGCGGAAGAAUCGAAGGCCAGGGAGGCUGAAGCGAUAGACAAGGCCGACGAAGCAUACGCGAGAGCCCAGGCAGCGGAGACUCAGGCCGAAGCCGCUCGCAUCCAAGCUGCGGAGGCGGAAGCUAGGGUGAAGGAGAUGGUCGCCCGAAUGGCAGAACUCGAGGAUAGGGAACGUAUCGCCCAGCGAGCCGCCGACGAAGCGCGCCAAUCCGUCCAAGCUAUGCAGGCAAAGCUUGCGGAAGGGAAUGCCAGGGCGGAAGACGCGAAGGCCAUGGCUCGUGCCGCUCUCGUGCGGGCUGACGAAGCUGACGCGCGAACUGAGGAGGCCGAAGCGAGGUUGCACCAGGCCGACCGCCGAGUUCACGCCGCGGAGGCGAUGGCGCAAGAAUCGCUGGGGCGCGUUCAAGACGCUUAUGACCGCGUCGACGAGAUUGAGACGACGAUGCGGCUGGCGAAGGCCGAGGUGGAGGAGGCCGAGGUCAAGUUCGAGGCUGCGGAACAGCGCGCGCUGGAUGCGACAACCCGUGCUGCGGACUUGGACAUUCAGCUUCAGGACGCCCACGCUCGAGCUCGUGAGCUGGAAACACGGGGAAAGGACGCUGAGGCGCAAGCGCUCGCGUUAGCCGCACGAGUCGCGGGGCUGGAAUCCGGAAUACGUGCGGCGGCAUCCGAGCUGCGAGAAGUUCGACGAGAGCUAGCUGAACAGGAAUGCAUCGUGCGCGAUGCGGAAUCCCGCGCACUGGAUGCCGAGGAACGAGCGGCGAAUGCCGAUGCGCUGGUACGGGAGGCCAACGCGCGGACGGCGGAAGCGGAUGCGCGACGCCAGGCUGCAGAAGACCAAGCUCUGGAAGCCGGCCUUCGAGCCGGCGAGGCGAAAGCCAGGGCACUCGGCUCUGCGAUGCGGGUCGCCGAAGCGGACGCGAGGGCCCUUUCGGCGGAGAAGAUGGUGGAGGAAGCUCGCGCCAAGGUCGAACAACUUGAGAGGCAGGUCGUAGAGGCGGACGAGAUGGCCAUGGAAGCGGAAAGGCAGGCGAGCGAUGCGAAGCUCCGCCUUCAAGACGCCGAGAAGAGGGCGCAUGAUGCGGAGACGCGCAACCAAGAGGCCGUCGCUCGUCUGAGGGACUCCGAUUUGCGGAUCGGACGAUCGUAUAGCAGGGCCGAGAAGGCGGAAGCCCGCUCACGCGCCGCAGAUGUACGCGUUGAGGAAGCGAGCUCUCGUCUGGCUGAAGCACUUGCGAGAGCCCGCCAGGCAGACGAGAAAACUCGCGUGCUUCAGUCGCAGAUGGACUCCUUUAAGGGGAGGUUGCUGGAUGGGCAGGCACAGAGCGACGUUGUGAAGGAGAAGAUGAUGGAGGCCAAUGCUCGAGCUGCGAAGGCAGAGUGGAAGGCGCGGGAAGCCGAGAGCAAGCUACAAACGGCUCAAAUCAAGAUCCGCGAGGCGGAGAAGUCAGCAAGGGAGGCGAGGGUGCAACUCUCGAUGGCGGAGGCGAGGACUCGGGAGAUUGAGGAAAAGGCGAAGGCGGCGGCUGCACUGGCCAGAGACGCGAGCGCGCGGAUCGCCCAAGCGGAUGCGCGUGCGGAGGAAGCAGCGACGAGGGCACAAGAGGCGGAGCAAGGAUUGAAGACGAUGGGAGAGGAGGAGGAGAAGCACGCUCAAAACGCAACGUAUGGGCGUCGAACUCGGGCGACAAUGGUCGCCGUCUACAUGGCUGCUGUAGCCGUCGGUGCAUCUACCCUUAUGUGA